CGCCGCUCAUCUCCCUGCUACUCAACAAGGACAUCAUCUUCAGCAUGGAGCUGACGGAGGCUUUCCUCAAAUACCAGGCGGCUUGGCCUCACAUACAUUACUUCAUCGCUGUUCUGUGUCUCGUCGCCGCCGUGUAUAAACUGACCAACAUCGUCCUGGAAAGGAAAGCUAUUCUUCGGAGCUUCGAAGCCUUUCCAGGACCUCCGGCUCACUUUCUGUUUGGAAAUGUUUUAGAGUUUAAACAAGAUGGUACUGACCUGUUCCGGGCAUUAAAGUGGGCAGAGCAAUAUCCCUAUGCUUUCCCUCUGUGGUUUGGUCCAAGUGUUUGUCUUCUCAACAUCCAUCACCCAGAUUAUGUUAAAACUGUACUGUCAUCAACAGAGCCAAAGGAUGAUUUUGCGUAUAGGUUCAUUGAGUCUUGGAUUGGAAACGGCUUGCUGGUGUCAAAUGGUCAGAAAUGGUUUCGCCACAGACGGCUCCUGACACCAGCUUUCCAUUACGAUGUUUUAAAACCAUACGUGAACCUGAUGUCAGAGUCUGCUCAAACAAUGCUGGACAAAUGGGAAAAGUAUGCAAACACCAAUGAGACCUUUGAAUUGUUUGAGCAUGUCAGCCUUAUGACACUUGACAGCAUCCUGAAGUGUGCCUUUAGCUCCAACAGUAACUGUCAAACAGAAGGGGGAACAAAUGCCUACAUCAAAGCAGUGUAUGAACUCAGCAAUCUUAUUAACCUCCGUUUGAGGACGUUUCCAUACCACAGUGACCUCAUUUUCCGCCUCAGCCCACAUGGUUUUAGAUACAGAAGAGCACGCAAGGUGGCUCACAGUCAUACAAACGAGGUUAUCAAAAAGAGAAAAGAAGUAUUAAAGGCAGAGACGGAGCUCAGCCGCAUACAGACCAAGAGAUACUUGGACUUUCUGGACAUUCUUCUCUUUGCACGAGAUGAAAAGCAGCAGGGCCUGUCUGAUGAAGAUUUACGAGCAGAGGUGGACACCUUCAUGUUUGAGGGGCACGACACCACAGCCAGCGGACUUUCCUUCAUCCUCUACUGCCUGGCCUGCCACCCAGAGCACCAGAAGCUCUGCAGGGAGGAGGUUUGUCAGGCUUUGCAAGGCAAAGACACCAUGGAAUGGGAAGAUCUCUCCAAAAUACCAUACACAACAAUGUGCAUCAAAGAAUCCCUUCGCCUUUAUCCUCCGGUGCCAGGAAUAUCCAGGGAGGUCACCAAACCCAUUACCUUCUUUGACGGAAGAACGUUGCCAGCAGGCUCUCACAUUGGAGUGAGUGUGUUUGCAACUCACAGAAAUGCAACAGUCUGGGAAAAUCCUAAUGUCUUUGACCCGCUGCGUUUCCUCCCAGAAAAUGUUUCCAAGCGGUCGCCUCAUGCAUUUGUCCCUUUCUCCGCUGGACCAAGAAACUGCAUCGGCCAGAAUUUUGCUAUGAAUGAAAUGAAGGUGGUGACGGCCAUGACGUUAAAGCGGUAUCAGCUGAUAAAGGACCCCGAAUAUGAACCCAAGAUUAUUCCAAGAUUGGUUCUCCGCUCACUCAAUGGUAUCCACAUCAAGAUCAAACCUGUGGAGCAGGAAGAAUGAUGGAAAGAAUCCACUGUUGGAUUUAAAGGGAAACAAAUCAUUUGGGAUAAUUUAAUUUGUGAAAAACGGAAGUAAAUUUUGAAUUGAUCUUACAAUUUGUUGUACUUUAUACCAGAAUUAGAACUUGAUAUUGAUCAAUUUAGUGGAAAUGUUUGGACACUUUCCUCUGCAGAAUAGUUUAUUUUUCACUGCACAUGUGAAAAAUAAACUCAUAGGAUAUUUUGAGAUUAGCUUUAUUUUGAAGCACAAAUAUGUGAUUAUGCUAAACCAGACUGCUGUAAUACUGUGAAUAUGUCACUAAAACAGUUUAUUUACAUACUAUAUUUCACACAAUUCAUAAACAGAAAGAAAUAUAUAUUAUAUUUCUAUAGUUCUAGAUAAAACAGAUGAAAAAAUAAUUAGAAAGCAAAUACACAGUGAUGUAUCUGUCAUGAUUUUGACAGAGAAAUACUUUUAAAAAGAAAAUUAGGAAGUGAGAUCUAUACACUAUGGAAUUCCCCCGGACUAGGAUGAGAUUCCAAAUCAUCGUGCAGCUAAU